AUGGCCGCCGGGGGAGCUGCGGGAGGAUGCGGGGAUACAGUGGAGGAGUACCAGGCUGAGGUGGAGCGUCUGACCAGGGAGUUGGCGGAAGCCAACCGCGAGAAAAUCCGUGCGGCGGAGUGCGGGCUCGCGGUUCUAGAGGAGAACCAGAGCUUGAAGCAGCAGUAUGCAGAGCUGGAGGCCGAGCAGGAGGCGCUCAGGCUGGAGUUGGAGCAGCUGCAGGAGGUGGGCUCAACAGGGGCUUUUGGCCAGGCUUACUCCACCCAGCGUAAGGUGGCCGAGGAUGGCGAGACCAACGAGGAGACGCUUCUGGAGGAGUCUGCCACCAAGGAAGCCUACUACAUGAGCCGUCUCCUGGAGCUCCAGGCCGAGGUCAAAUGCUGCCAGGCAACUGCGGCCAAUGCAAAGGCUGACAAUGAUCACCUGACCUGCCUGCUGCAGCAGCUGCGGGAGAGUAAUGAGAUGCUGGAGCUUCAGCGUAGCCGCAUGCGAGAAGAAGUUAGGGAGUACAAGUUUCGAGAAUCGAGGCUAAUUCAAGACUACACAGAGCUGGAAGAGGAGAACAUUUCACUGCAGAAACUGGUUUCAACCCUCAAACAGAACCAGGUGGAAUACGAAGGCUUAAAACAUGAAAUUAAAGUAUUAGAAGAGGAAACGGACAAUCUGGACAGUCAGUUGCAAGAUGCGCUACGUUUGAAGGACAUCUCUGACUCCCAUCUGGAGGAGGCUCUGGAGUCUCUGAAGAGUGAGCGUGAGCAAAAGAACCACUUGCGCAGAGAGCUGGUUCACCAUCUGAGCAUGUGUGAUGUUGCGUACACUGGAAGUGCGCACCUGACGUUCACGUCUGCCCCACCUAGCGGCACGGCUACUCCAACAACUUUGCUCUCGCCAACCUCAGAAGAGCCAACAAGAUGUAAUGGCCAUGUGCAAGGCGUAACACGAUUAAAAGCAGCUUCUGGAUCGGUGACCGGUGCUAAUGGAGAAUGCCGAGGUACGAAUCGGAAAACAGAAGGUGUGGCGACUUCGGACCUGUUCAGCGAGAUGAACCUGACAGAGGUCCAGAAGCUUAAGCAACAACUUUUGACUGUGGAGCGGGAGAAAAUAGCACUGAUAACCAGUUUGCAAGAAUCCCAGACUAAGCUCCAACACACUCAGGGGGCUCUGUCAGAACAACACGAGAAGACCCUGCGCCUUAGCCAGAAGGUCACCGCUCUUCGCCGCGAGCAGCAGGGAGCCCAAAGUUUGGACUCUUUACUCAACCCUGAGGACCAUAAAGGACGUAAUCUAGCUCAGGAGGACGAAGAUGAAGAGGACAAGCAUGGCACAGUGGACAAAAGUCCUAUCUUUCCAUUGCUGCGGGACAGGAUGGCUCAGAGUGGGGAAGUAGAACAGGAAAAGCCAAGAGGAAAAGCACUGCAACAGAGACUUGAGAAGAAGGUAACCUCACUGGAAAAGAGCUGGCAGGAGGGAAAAGAGAAGGUGUCUGCUUUGGAAGCGGAGUUGCAGGCAACUCAGCUGGCAGCCGGUGAGAGUCAGGGGGCUUUGAAUGCUGCUCAGGAUGAACUGGUGAUGCUUAGUGAGGAGCUCGCCCAGCUCUACCAUCAUGUUUGUCUGUGCAACAACGAUACGCCCGACCGCGUCAUGCUGGACUACUACAGACAUGGCAGGGGACUCAAGGGUCUUUGUGCCAGUCUCAAAGCCAUGUCUUCCGACAAUAGUAAAGUUCUCCUCACGCCACGCCUUGCCAGAAGACUGGCCAAUUCAACAACCUCAACUUCCGGGGAGUCGCGGAGCCCCUCGGAGUCUCCGUCCAAAGAACCGAGAAGAGACGGUAAGGAGGCGGGCAAGGAGCUCAUGAAGGGUCAGGCGGAGCAAAGCCUACCUCCCUGCAGUCCUCCGACCCGCUCCCCCAGCAUCAGUGCCUCAUCAUCGUCCUCAUCGUCCUCGUCACCCGCCCUGGAGCCAGCUGGGGAGCUACGCAGAGAGCCUAUGAACAUCUACAACCUUAACGCCAUCAUCAGAGACCAGGUGAAACAUCUACAGAGGGCUGUUGACAAGGCUCUUCAGCUUUCCAGGCAAAGAGCUGAAGCCAGAGAACUGGCUCCUUUGCUUGAUAAGGACAAGGAAAGCUGCUUGGAGGAGAUCUUGAAACUGAAAUCUCUGCUCAGCACCAAGAGAGAGCAGAUAGCCACUCUCCGACUGGUGCUUAAAGCUAACAAACAGACAGCAGAGGUAGCUCUUACCAACUUGAAAAGCAAGUAUGAGGCAGAGAAAUCCAUGGUGACUGACACAAUGACUAAGCUAAGGAACGAGCUGAAGGCCUUGAAAGAAGAUGCGGCGACGUUCUCCUCUGUUCGAGCAAUGUUCGCCACCAGGUGUGAUGAGUAUGUCACCCAAUUGGAUGAGAUGCAAAGGCAGCUGGCGGCAGCUGAGGAUGAAAAGAAGACAUUGAACUCCCUUCUGCGAAUGGCUAUUCAACAAAAACUGGCCCUUACCCAACGCCUUGAGGACUUAGCAUUUGAUCAAGAACAAACGCACCGAAACCGCGGGAGCAGAUUUACACGCAGGAAGACCGGCACAUCCAAAGUAAACCUCACGACCUCAGCGUCAACGUCAGACCUGGUGCAAGACUCUGGUCCAGUUUUGGUCCCUAGUAGUUCCUCCCCUUCUUGCCUUAGUAGUCCAACAAAACAGUCAUCAUCCUCUUGCAAUCCAACAUCACCAGCGAUUGCCUCUCCACCUGAACCUCCGGUGGUGGAAAACCCUCCAUCUCUAGAUGUCUCAACCACGUCAUCAACCCCUCCAAGGUUGGCUCAGUCCCGGUGGACCCUCGGAAUGCGGACGUUUGUCGUCGACUCUCAUAGUUUCAGAAUUACUUCCCCAUUUUCCCGUAGCUCACCUCCUUCAAGACAGAGCACCCCGGAUACGCCAAGUGCUGCUAUGACAGCAACCAGACCUAACCAAACUGGCACAACCCCUUCCUAUCGUUCCCCUUUUCUGGGAUUAAAGAGCUCCUUGUGGAGUCCUUCACCCCGAACUCGUCCUUUGUCCAGGUUGACAGGGACUUCAGUCCAUCACAUACCACCUUCGUCCUCCCACAGUUAUUCCCCGACAUACUACAGUCACUCUAGCCACUACACUCCUCUCUACCCCAGGUACUACAGUUCCUAUCGACCCCGACACUGA